GCCCCCGGCGCCUUACUCUUGGGUCGCGAACCUCUGGGUUUAGCGGCUCCACGGGCCUUCUGCCUGUUGCUUGAGGUCUGGUAGUCGCGCCAGUCCCGGAGAUCGCCAGUUCGAGAGUUCGCGUCCGUGCCGCACGCAGCUACGGUGCUCACCCGGGUCCCGUAGGCCCGACCCGUUGGGGGGGGGGCCCAGGCCCUCGUGGCGAAUCUGCCGCGGCGAAUCUGCGAGCGCGGCGCCAGUAGCCUCGCGAGAGGACGGACGCGGCGGGGCGGCCUGAAGACCGGGUGCGGGAGCCGGGCGCCGGGAGGCCGAGCCCGCCGCGGCCCCAGCCAUGACGGGUCGCGUGUGCCGCGCCUGCGGCGGCACCGACAUAGAGCUGGACGCGGCGCGUGGCGAUGCGGUGUGUACGGCUUGCGGCUCGGUGCUGGAGGACAACAUCAUCGUGUCCGAGGUGCAGUUCGUGGAGAACAGCGGCGGCGGCUCGUCCGCCGUGGGCCAGUUCGUGUCGCUGGACGGUCCUGGCAAGACCCCAACCCUGGGCGGAGGCUUCCACGUGAACCUGGGAAAAGAGUCAAGAGCACAGACCCUGCAGAAUGGGAGGCGUCACAUCCACCACCUGGGGAGCCAGCUGCAGCUGAACCAGCACUGCCUUGACACUGCCUUCAUCUUCUUCAAGAUGGCUGCAAACAAGAGCCUCACCCGCGGGCGCAAGAUGGCCCAUGUGAUUGCCGCCUGCCUCUACCUAGUGUGUCGUACAGAAGGCACACCACACAUGCUCCUUGACCUCAGCGACCUGCUUCAGGUGAACGUGUACGUGCUGGGGAAGACAUUUCUGCUCCUAGCAAGGGAGCUCUGCAUCAAUGCACCAGCUAUAGACCCAUGCCUCUACAUCCCACGCUUCGCCCACCUGUUGGAGUUUGGCGAGAAGAACCACGAGGUAUCUAUGACAGCCCUGAGGCUGCUGCAGCGUAUGAAGAGAGACUGGAUGCACACAGGCCGGCGGCCCUCAGGCCUCUGUGGAGCAGCCCUUCUGGUUGCAGCCAGGAUGCAUGAUUUCCGGAGAACUGUCAAAGAAGUCAUCAGCGUGGUCAAAGUAUGCGAAUCCACACUGCGGAAGAGACUCACAGAAUUCGAAGACACCCCCACCAGUCAGCUGACCAUCGAUGAGUUCAUGAAGAUCGACCUGGAGGAGGAGUGCGACCCCCCCUCUUACACAGCUGGGCAGAAGAAGCUGCGGAUGAAGCAGCUUGAACAGGUCCUGUCAAAACAACUGGAGGAAGUUGAAGGUGAAAUAUCCAGUUACCAGGAUGCCAUUGAGAUCGAACUGGAGAAUAGCCGGCCAAAGGCCAGGAGAGCCCUUGUCAACCUGUCCAAAGAUGGCUCUGUUGAGGAUACUACAUCCAGCCUCUAUGGUGAGGAGGACGCUGAGGAUGAGGAGUUGGAGGCAGCCGCCAGCCACAUGAACAAGGACUUUUACCAGGAGCUUCUGGGUGGAGGCAGCAGCAGCUCGGAUGCAAUAGAGAUCCCAGAGGAGGGUGGCCAGCCCUUGGCUCUGGAGUCCCUGCUUGGCCCUAUGCCCACAGCAGCCAGCUUAGGCAUCUCAGACUCUAUCCGUGAAUGUAUCUCAUCCCCAAGUGGGGACCCCAAAGACCCCUCCGGGGAUGGUGAGCUGGAUCUCAGCGGCAUCGAUGACCUAGAAAUCGACAGAUACAUCCUGAAUGAGGCGGAAGCCCGGGUGAAGGCAGAGCUGUGGAUGAGAGAGAAUGCUGAGUACCUUCGAGAACAAAGAGAGAAAGAAGCAAGAAUAGCGAAGGAGAAAGAGCUGGGCAUCUAUAAGGAGCACAAGCCCAAAAAGCCUUGCAGGCGCCGCGAGCCCAUCCAGGCCAGCUCCGCCAGGGAGGCCAUCGAGAAGAUGCUGGAGCAGAAGAAAAUCUCCAGCAAGAUCAACUACAGCGUGCUGCGUGACCUCAACAGCAAGGGCGCGGGUGGCCCCCCGCGGGACGAUGUGCGGCUCCCCGAGAAGGGCAGUGCCAGGAAGUUGUCAUGGAGGAGAGUGGCGGCCAGCAGGAGCGGGGCUGACCCAGGGAGCAGUGUGGGGAAGAGGUUGAGGCCUCUGGUGUCUGCACAGCCAGCUAAGAAAGUAGCUGUAGGAGAGGCUGCGUUUCUUAACUCCCCUGCCCUGGGACCUGAACUGGCCAGGCCAGCAGCGGUGCUGGUAGAAAGUGGCCCUGUGUGCUACCACCCUGAGGAGGUGGCUGAUGAAGAUGACGUAGAUGAGGAUGACGGGGAGCCUUGCGUCAGCGCCCUGAAGAUGCUGGGCAGCAAUGCUUACGGCUGUGAUGGCGAUGAGGAUGACGGCUACUAAGCGCAGCCUCAGACCAGCCGCACCCAGACUGGACCUGAGCAUCUCAUGGGGGCUGGCAGGACACCCAGGUGUGGACACCGAGACUUGAGAUGAGCCUGCACCUCCUGCUUGCUUGGAAGCCACAUGUGGCCACCAUAGCACUUGACCAUGGGACCGUGUUUCAGCAACGUGAGGAGCAUUUCUACCCAGUAGGGGAAGCGGGACCAGCCCUGCGUCUUGGCAGGACAUGGCCAGGGAGUGCCUGAGACUUAGUUCUACCGUGUGGCCCAGCUUACUGUUACUGGCCCAAUGGAGAACUCCCAGAAGUAGGCACUGUCGUGUCCCCAUUGUGAGGAAACAAACAGGACCAUCUGGCCCAGCUUGCCAGCCCUGGGCUCCAGGACACUGCGCUUGGCCUGCAUGCUUAGGGCUCUGGCCUCAUGCAGGCUGAGGGCUCUGGCCUCAUGCAGUGAGUAUAUGGGGGCAGCCAGCUGCUCCUACACUGGCUCACCACAGCUAGAGCUGAUCCUCUGCCUUGAGCCUCCCUCCAGGUGGCAUGAGCUCCCCACUACCUCUGGGACCCCCUCUAGCUGUUAUGAAUCUUGGGAUCAGCUCAGGAUAAAGCAUCUGCACCUGGUACUGGUCCUGCCAGGUGGCCUUGAAGCCUCCUCUGCACCAGGCCAGUGGCAGGCUGUUCUGGGGCUCUGAGCUCUGCCUCUCUGGCUGUGGCCCAAGGUUAGGGAGAGCAGGGCUUCUACCUAAUGAAGAGGUAAGGACACUGGCCUCCAAGUGGGCAGGCUGGGUGUCCUAUGCCGCUCUCCCUUUGGGGCCAGACCCCAGUCAGUGCAGAAACAGCAUGUUGGGGCAUGAAGUCCCUAGGCUGCUUUUUGCCCACCUGUAUCUGCAGCCAGCCUAGUUCAGAGUUGCUGUGUGCCAAGUGAAUUGAUGCAGAAAGACCUGUACAGAAAACUUGAGCAGAAAUUUGCUGAAAUGUCUGUGAUUGUGUAUCUGGCUCUGGCUGGCCUUCGACAUGGCACAUCUGACUCUGU